AUGUUCAAGCCUUCGCAACCGAUGAUGGCGCGUUUGCGCCUGACCACCAAGCAGGUCAACGGCGGUUAUUAUAAGGGAAACCGGUCCGGCUCCAUGGGUUACUUCGCAAAGAACGGCACCUACGUGAUUGACUGGAAGAAAGUCCGCACCUAUGCGGUUCCGGAGAACCUGGAUGAGUUCAAGCUUACCCCGUUCGUGACGAAACGCAUGGCCCCGACCAAGGGCAAAUACAUCAAGGAUCUGGAGCGGAACGGCACGAUAAUCGCUGCGCAAAAGCCCUUCGAAGGGAAGGAAUACUUGGACAUGUGGGCAUCCGACAACGGCCCUGAGGUUCUUGAGCAGGAGCGACUUGAACAAGAACAAGCGACGAGCGAAACCGUCUCAACCCGGCAAUAA